CUUCAGAAACUGAUCCUUCGAAUUUACCCUUCAUUCUUACUUGGCCAUUUGCAUCUCGUAGCCCCCUUGAUUGUUUCCGGUGUGUGAGUGUGUCCCGCGUUGCUGCUGCUGCAGCUGCAGAGCUGCCUGCCCCUUUCUAAUGGUGCGCGUUGACUUGACCUUGUCCGGGAUUAGUUUGGUUUGCCUGAAAAUUAAGUGCGCGGGUAGGUAGAUAUUAAACUUGAAAUUCUGGUUCAUGUUUUCCUCAUUCGACAUGGGUUGUUUAUGACCUAGCACUCCUUGUUCUAAUUUCGCACUGCUGCUCCACACGUUUUCAUGCCCAGGUGCCCUGCUGUGCCCCACAGCAUUUUGUAGAGCAGAGAACCGUACUGUGCGUCUGUGCCUGCUUCAAUGUGAAACAAUAGGGAAAUGCACGGCAGCACACAUGCUUGCGUCGGCGAGUGGAGAAGUUAGUUAGCAUUUGGCUCUGGCCGGCAAGUGACCAGAUUUCUUUCUUACACUCCUAGAACACGUGAUAGUUUCGUUGAUGUAGGCUCUUUGCUGGAGAAACUGGCCGUGCGAGUAGAGAACGUUGUAUGAUUGCUAUGCCUUGGUCCGAGGACGUGUUUUCGGGGUCGGAGAAAGCACACUUUGUGUUCAAAUCGAUUUCACAUUUCAGUGGUUUCCAAAACAGUGCGGACUGGGUCCCUGAUCCUGGGUACGCGUACAACUGUAGUUUUUUACUAGUUGCUGACCACUUAGGAACACUCGAAGCUUUUAGCUAAAAGGCGGAAAUAUGACCAGGAGCCUUUCUUCCAUGGAUGUCAACCAAUUAGAGACACACAAGCCUCGACGGAACAACGACGGGACUAAUCGACAUGUUGCGAGUCCCAGUUGGUCCUGGUCAAGCACGGCUUCUUCCUAUCAUGUGCCGCCAUGUCCCUCUCGUCGGCCACGCAACUUCCGAGAGAGUUCGCCAGGCCCUCGCGACCUUAUAAACGGAGGCCGGCGGCCACCAAACCCCUUUUACUUCGCGCAGAGAUCAUGAUUGUUUUUUCUAUUUAUGACGUUUUGAAACUCGUGCCCUCCCAUUCGGGGUACGCUAUUGCCGGCGGAUAUUUAAGAAGCCGGCGGGCGCGAACAGAAAAGGGGAGGAAGCGGAGAUCGAGAUUGAGUCUGAGUUGGUACAGAGGAGCGCUCGAACUCUCUAGCGCUUGCUCAGAGAUCGAAAAACACCUUCGUACAAGCAUAGAAGUUGAGACCACCAAAGAACAAGGAGCUCAAGGCUCUAGGAUAGACAAACAUUCGUGUAACCAGCACAUUCCUGAGAGACAUUCUCAUAACAUUUAUAGCAUCCACACAGGAGUAGGGUGUUACGCGCAGUGUGGCCCAAACCUGUCUAAAAAUCCCUCCAGUGCAUUUACUCCUUUCUGCAUUAGAUCGCUCCAUCCCACAUGCCAUCGCAUUUACAUUCAUUUAUUUCUCCAACAAACAUAUUCAGAAUCAUCCCCCCGGCCGAAUAUCUAAAAAGGGGUCUCUCAGGAUGCCUGCGACAGAAGCUAACCCUCCGACACUGUCUUAUCCUAACAGCACGGUCGAUUACCUCCUCUUCUUUCUUGACUGUUCCUUCGACACCGGGUUUGUCAAGCCGGCCAACAUCAAACAAAUCACCUGCCAAAUCUUCAACGGGUCUGGGCUGUCUUUCGUGUUGCCGCGGCGUGCCGUGCCGGUCGGAGAUUGGUGGCGGGCGUGCCAGAGAGUGAUUGAAGCGUCUAUACUCAAAUUAGGCCUCCCGGCCGAUCCACGAAAUGAUCCAUUGUGGACGGACGGUGGAUAUCGCAGCUAUCUUCGUAGCGGUUUCCAGAUGGCGUGGGACCGAAAGCCCUCGGCGUGUAGCCAGUGCGAGGGAUCAAACGGACAGUGCGGCUACAAUCAGGCGGGGGACUUCUUCGUAGGCUGCAUCUGCUCCGGUGGGCGAGUCGACGCUCACAAUUGCAGCGCUAAUUAUUCCGGGCAUCACAACAUAACUAGAAUGUAUGCUAUUGUCAGCACCUCGGCCCUACUGCUGCUGUGUCUACUUAUCCUAGCAUUCUUCUUGGCUCACAAACAUGGUUUGUUGUCCAUUAAAUCGAAGGACGCACCAAGCAUUGAGUCCUUUCUACAAAAGAAUAGAAAUUUACAUCCAAAAAGAUACACUUAUGCAGAACUGAAAAGAAUGACAAAGUCUUUUUCUGUAAAGCUAGGCCAAGGUGGAUUUGGUGAUGUAUACAGAGGCAACCUCUCCGAUGGCCGCCAGGUAGCAGUUAAGAUGCUAAAAGACAACAAGGGUGAUGGGGAGGAAUUUAUGAAUGAGGUUGCUAGCAUUAGCAGAACUUCUCAUGUCAAUGUUGUUACCCUAUUAGGAUUUUGCUUGCAAGGAUCCAAAAGGGCACUCAUUUACGAGUACAUGCCUAAUGGUUCACUUGAAAGGUAUGCCUUCAAUAACAACACAACAAGUGAAAAUACACUAACUUGGGAGAAAUUAUUUGACAUAGCAAUUGGCAUUGCUCGAGGACUUGAAUAUCUCCACAGAGGAUGCAAUACUCGCAUCGUGCAUUUUGACAUCAAACCCCACAACAUUCUAAUAGAUCAAGAUUUCUGUCCUAAGAUCUCUGAUUUUGGAUUGGCCAAGCUAUGCCUGAACAAAGAGAGUGCUAUCUCAAUUGUUGGUGCAAGAGGAACAAUAGGCUAUAUUGCCCCAGAGGUCUACUCAAAGCAAUUUGGAACAAUAAGUAGCAAAUCUGAUGUCUACAGCAAUGGAAUGAUGGUCCUUGAGAUGGUUGGGGCAAGGGACAAGAAUAUCAAUGCAAAUAGUGAGUCUAGUAGCCAAUAUUUUCCUCAGUGGAUUUAUGAGCAUUUGGAUGACUACUGUAGCAGUGCUUUCGAGAUUAAUGGUGAGACCACGGAACUCGUGAGAAAGAUGAUAGUGGUAGGUUUGUGGUGUAUACAAGUGAUUCCAACUGAUCGGCCAACAAUGACUAGAGUUGUCGAGAUGCUAGAAGGUAGCACAGGUAAUCUGGAAUUGCCACCAAGGGUGCUCCUGAGUUGAUAAGCAUCCAUAUGUUCCUAUUAAAAGGUAACUCAUUCCACUGCAAACAUUUAUGUAAUUCACAAAAAUUAAAGGCACGCAUCAAAUGAUGAUGUUGGUAUGUAAAUGCUAAAUGGCGACGAAACUAAGGAUUGUUUAGUGGGUUUGCUAAUAUAAAGUUGUAUGAUUGUAUCAUUUGGAUCAGACUCGCUACAUGUACUGACUCUCUUUUGUGCACUUGCACUCAAAUUA